GGCCAAUCACGGCUCGAGUCAACGUUGACCCGGUAGAAACAAAACUCAGGCGAACGGAAGAUCAACGGCUGCUGCGGAAAACGGAGAGAAGUUCGAUUUUCGGCCUCGUUUGCAGAUAAAAUGUUCUCUACUGGGGAUGUUCAGGGUUGUCUUCGCCAGCUGGAGACUCUCCUGCGAGCGAUAAAGUACCCGGGACAGGUGGACUACAACGGACUUUCUAAAGGAGAUCCCUCAGCUUUUCUACCAAUAGUGAGCUUCACUCUCACCUCCUUCUCGCCGCCUUUUGCUGAGCAGCUAAUGUCAGCCGGGCUGGAGCUGACUGGCAAAACCGACCUCCGUUUCACUGACGCUGUUUACAAGGUGCUUCGAGACAUCUUUAACUAUAAGCCCGUUCUGACCAAGCAGCAGUUCCUCCAGUGGGGUUUCUCUCAGAGGAAAAUCUCCGUCACCUGCGACAUCAUUAACCUCGUCCUGCGGGAGCACAACCAGCUCAGGAAGCCCAGAGUCCGACUUCCUCCGACUAAGGAUCCAAAAGGAGAAGCUCAACCAACUCAGACUGAAGCAGAUACUGUUUCCAAGAGGCCGUUUGUUGUGAAUCACAUAGAGAAUCCUUCCACUUUCCCCCUGAACUCGGCCCGUGCAGAAGAAGAAGAAGAAGAAGAAGAAGAGUCCAACGAGUCUCCAGAUCUGCCAGGAGACGAGGACGAGGAAAACAAACCACCUGGCAGAUUUCUUUUUCCGCUUCUUACACAGAGGUUUCAGUCAGAGCUGGAUGAACGACUCUCAGCGGUAGAAGCUCAACUAGAAUAUCUUCUGUCUGGACUCGACAGAAUGGAGGUGGUGGAGAAACGACUGGAGGACGUGGAGAGUCAGAGAGUCACAAACAAGGCUGAAGUCGUCACCGUCUCCAGAGAGAGCUGGGAAAACCUGAUGAGCAGAGUCUUGUUACUGGAAACUAAAGCAGAGCUGAACCAUCCGCAGAUAAAUGUCCCGGCGCCAUGUCAGACUCCUGCCCCCUCCUCUUACUCCUCUUACUCCAGCUCCGUGUCGGAUUCUCUGAAGGGGGACGUCCAGGAGGACCUGAAGGACCGACUACAGAAGAUCACUGACAUGUUGAAGAGUACGUCCAGUCUGCUGAAGAACACGGACUCAUCCACAACAACCUGCAAAUAAACCAGGACAAACUGAAGCUCUGAGUUUCAUUCUCUGGUUUUCUUCCUCUCUUUGAUUGUUUCUCAUUAAAGUUCGUGUAGAACAUGAAGGUACACUA